AUGUUGACGAUGCGCUACGUGUUGAUUGUCUGUGUGCUCUGCGUGUGGUGUGCCUGCGGGUGUGCUGCAGCUCAAGGCGGUUCGGAUCCUGAUUGCAAGACUGCAGGCACGGAGCCCUGCCCAUCUGCGGAAGGAAGUUUGUCUGAGAAGACUGUGACUACUAGACUUGGUGGAGCUGAGGGUCCUCUUGGUCGUGAUAGGGACGGAGUUGAGGGAGGUAAAGGUAAUCCUGGUUUAGAAGGAGCUGGGGCCCGUCGUGUACCGUGCUUGACAGAAAAAGGGGAAACACCAUGCGUGGAAACGGUUGAGGCACAAGGCCGAAAUCUCAAGGGUGCUGGUGGUUGCACGCAGUCUGAGGCAACGGCUGUAUCGGGUGAAGAAAACGGAUGUCCGUCUUCCCGGGAAGCUAGCCACAGUGAAGAUCUUGCUCGCGUGGAGGGUGCGGAUCUUCCUAAUAAUGAUUCCUGUCAGAAGGAUCCAGCGAAUGCUGCUUCUUGCGUAUCAUCGCCUGUGUUGCCACCUCAGCCGCAGUGUGUGAAGCAAGGCAACGUUGUUUGUGACGCUACUGGUGGGGGAGCCGGGCAGAGAGCGCCUAUAGGACCUUCUGGUCCACCCGGUCCUGCUGGCACUGCUGGACGAGUGAGUGCAGCUGGAGGUGAACAGAUUAGCAGUGACGGAACAGCUGUUGAUUUGAAAGACAGGCCCGCUAGGGACUGCAAGAGCGCUCUAAAGGACACUAUUAAUUGUCCAGUUACUCCCCUCUCACCGCAAGUGGAGCAGACCAAAGAAUUGGUGACAUUGACGAAGAGUGGUCCAGAGGACAAAGGGGACCCCAAAGGAGGUUCCGAGGUUAGGGAAGAGUUGUCAAAGAAACCUCACUCAGACACUCAUGUUGAUGUUGGCACUCGUCGCGCUGGCAGCGCGGGUGAAGAUUGCGAGGAUGGAGGACAUAAAGAGCCAAGUGGGGUUUGCAGAAAGGGUGACAAUGUCAAGGCCACUCACCACGAUCACCAACAAAACGAUGAACUCCGGCCCCAAAUGCCGCAAACACCUGAUGCAAAAGGAAACACCCCCGGCAUCGUCGGUGAGAAGAAUGACGGCAAUGGUUCUGCUGCCUCACCUGCAGUAAACACACCUGAGGCUGAGAGUGCUGCUGUCGAUCACCCCAAUGAGGAGCCUGCUGAGAGUACUGCUCAGGCUGCAGUCGAACAAAGUGAUGCCGCGCAAUCGCAGACAUCUUCCGCCUCUACUUCCACAAGUGCCACAGACACUGCAGGCCGCAGCCAGCCGGGCAGCAGCAGUCCGUCGACCGACAAGGGCCAAGACCCGAAGGCUGCGGACAGCAGCAGCGGAGGUGCAAGCCGCCGCACAGGACCGCUGAUGCUGUUUGUGAUGUGGCUGGGUGGUCUGGCUGUGACUGCUGCGUGCUGA